AUGACAAGGAUUGCCAAGUGGGCUUUGAUUGCUGUGACGGCUUGCGUCCAGGCAUAUCCCUUCUCUGGAGCAGCGAGGCAGUCACCCAAGAUCCCCUGUCUCAUUCUAGCAGGGGAUAGUACCACCGCUACUCAGUCUUCGAAUGGUGGAGGCUGGGGAGAUGGCUUCCUCAAUACCACACUAUUCCAAGGAGCAACCGGCAUAAAUUAUGGUCACAACGGAGCGACCACAGUCAGCUUUCGUGCUGGAGGUGAUUGGAAUAAAGUCUUGGAGGCUGUUGAACAAGUUCGAGACGAAUAUAUCCCUUUUGUCACCAUUCAAUUUGGUCACAAUGAUCAAAAACCAGCCGCAAACAUCUCACUGUCACAAUAUACAGAAAACCUCGAAGCCUUUGUGACGGAGGUUUUCAAUGCUGGGGCCACGCCCAUCUUAGUGACGCCAUUGUCACGAAGAAACUAUGACAAUUCCACUGGAGUCUCUUCUAUCAUCCAGAGUUUGGCCAACGAGACGACAGCUACUAUCUCAGCCGCCCACCAUGCUGGCGCCAAGUAUAUCGAUCUAAACCACGCCAGCACAAAAUACCUGAAUGCCAUCGGCCCAGCAAAUGCUUAUACGUACAACCUGAACGCGGCCGACUAUACCCACUUAAACAUUGCGGGAAGCGUUGUGUUUGGUGGAAUUGUUGCUGAGUUGAUUGCACAAGAUUUCCCGAAUUUGAAGCGGGACGGAUAUCUUCGAAUAAACGAACAGCUCAAGAAGGACGUGGAACGUGGAAUUUACUACUAUCCCUGA